CUAUACAUAUACAUAUCUAUUAAUUUAUUUCACAUUUAUUGUUUACCAAAUUUGAAUUUGGUUAUAUGAUAUUAAAUUUUAGUUGUAGCAGAGAAUGUAGAUUAUAUAUUUACAUUCUCUGGUUGUAGCAUCGAAAAAGGCAGCAUUUGUGAGUGGUAAAAUUUGGUAACACUAUUCAAUCUAUCAAAUUUUGUAUAUUUUACAUUCUCUGCUUUUGGGUUUCUGUAAUUUUGAAGUAAACAGAUUUUGCACGUAUAGGAAAAAUAUCUUAUAUGAUAUUUUAAAUUAAAUAAUAUACAAAUGCGUGAUUUGCACAAAGCCUUGGCAUUGUUUGACAAAGAAUCAGCGAUGGAUUAUUGCGAGGAAUUCGACGAAACGAAAUCGGUAUUACUUUACUGCAACAAACAUGUGAAACCAUUCUCUAAAGUAUAUUUCCGUGGCGGCAAUGAAUUAAUUAUCAACGAAUUAGUCCGUCGUCUUCAGCAAACAUUACUUGAUCGGCAAUUAAUUGAUUCGGAGAAUAAAAAACCAUUGGCGAAGGCCCAUCAAAAACUUCGCAAAAUUUUGAUAUUCUUAUUUGCUAAUACCGACGCUACUUACAAAUAUAAUUUACACAGUGACCCCACAUUUGCACAUGUAUUGGAGCAGUGUCCUUUGCUACCUAAAUUCCUGUUAGUAACACUCGUGUGGGAGUUGGAACUAGAUCAGUUUUUCUACGAGGCACUCUCAUAUACUCCUUGUUGGUUUGCUUUCCAGUAUUUUGAGACCGCUGCAGAUACAAUGAAAUUUAUUGAAGAUCCAUAUGACGUUUUGGAAAAAGUAGAGCAGCUAAUGCGUUCCUUACUCAUUUGCAUAUCACGUUCCGAAUAUCGCAAGAUUGAUAUGGUAGAUAAAAAAAUAAUUUACAACAAAUUGUAUGAUUACAGCAUGAAUUUACUCCGACAAUUCUAUACACCUGAUUCUGAAAAAUUUAAGCAAUUCAGUAAAUUGGAAUUUUUCCGAUACUCUGGUUUUGCCUUAAAACACCUCCUUCAAAUGACAUUGUUUGCAUUUGAUUUAUUUGAAUUGCCAGAGAAAGCAAAGCCAAAUAUAAAUGUAGAUAUUUAUGAAAUUGGUCGAGAAAUAUGUCCGCCUGUGCCAGAUGAAGAAGCAGCAAAGUCCUCGGAUGCGCUUAAAGAGCAGCAAUUAAAGAUAAUAAAAGCUCUCCUCAACUCAUUACAAUAUAAUGUUAUGUUGGUUAAAAUAGAUGUAUUCAUGUAUUGGGUUGAAGUAGAUAUUACUCCUACAACAACAUUACAAUUAUCAAUUGGUGAAAUGAUUUAUGAAGUUGGUGAACGUAUGCGCGCAAAUCCUAAAUUUGGACACGAUGUCGAGGGGCAACUAAAACUACUGGCUAUUAAACCGAGAACACUCAGUGAGACAAUUGAAAGCGCAACGUUAGGAGAAAUUUUACGUAACUUAGAUGAAAACUCGCCGCAACAUGUUAAAAAAGCAUGGUUCGAUGAAAUUUUUAGCCGGUCCAUUGCUCUCGGCAAUGAAGAAUGCCUGGAAGCCAUUAAAGAAUAUAUAAAGUUGCUGACGCCAAAUAAUUGUCAAUUGGCCUUGGAUUUUAUCAAGCAAUCAGCACAGCUUUCACAAUUACAAGCUAGCGACAAUGAAGGUGAAGAAGGUGGCGGGGAAGGCGAAAAGAGCGAGAAGAUGCAAAUAGAUCCUAAUGAUUUUGAAUCUUUGACAUCGUUAAUACUUUUGGGUAUAAAGAAUUUUAAAUCUGAAGAUAUAUUACAAUUGUUGGCCUAUCAAACGAAAACAUUCGGCAAAAACACUAAUAUUUGUUGUCAGGAUGACUACCAACGACGCGUAACUGAGUUUCUCAACAAAUACGUCAGCUCAUUUGAUUUCCAGCAAUUUCUGGUGCUCUGUUUCGAGAACCCGUCUCAGAUGUGGGACAAAUUCUUUGAGUGUGCUUGCCACAAUUCGGAACAUGUGCGCAACUUUUGCAAAACAGUACAACAAUCUCGACCAUUUUGUAAUAUAUAUUUUGACGAAUUGCUCGAAAAUGCGAUGCAUGAUUCUGACAAGCUAAAACAAAAAAAGUUUCCUGAGCUAUUGUGUGAAAUAUAUUUCGUUUUGUACCAUCCUUCGCGAAAAACAGAAUUUUUGAAACAAUUUAUGAAUAAAAACGUUAAUGCUUUGUUAGAUGCUCAACGAUUUGGACAUUUGCUGCCAGUUGUGAAUGCGUUGAAUUUAAUUGCAGCGCACGGAGAAACACAGUCGAAUAAACCGCUAGCAUUUGGUGAAGUUACUGCACCAGUGUUACUGAUGGCCGCACAAAUUAUGGAUAAGGCUCGUUGGGAUCUUAUCACUUAUACGGAUGAACGGGAUGAAUUGGUGCGUGAAUGCAUACAGUUUAUACAGUACACGUCCAAAAGGUUUCUGCCCGUGGCUACCGAAAAAGACCGAAAAUGGAUUACCAAAGUCAUUAAAGAUUCUUAUCGACCUAUAACUCAAUAUUACUUCCAAAAAUUCUCACAGACACCAGAACAACCGGCGGUAGACUUCGAUCGUUUUCUCAUACGUUUGGAAAUUGAAGACAAAUCAGAGGCUGAAAUGUUCCUUAUUAUUAAUUACGUACGUUGCACCAUGAAAGAGACGGAAUGGCUGGCCCGUAGUGAACGUCUCUUGCCUCACAUCUCCGAUGUGAUGAUCAUUUUAAGUGGCGUUGUUGUAGAAACAGAUAAUCCGAAUGCAAUUAAUAAUUAUCGUCACUGCCUAACCAAUUACGCAAAUAUUGUAAUAAAAUUUGUAUUGUCACCAUUAAAAAAUGAUACGAAAAAAAUUGAAAAAUUAAUGCUCAAGGUGUUGAAAAUUAUCGAUUCAGCACCAGCACAGUUAUAUGAAGAAGUCUUUAUAAGUUUUACUGCUUUACUUCUUGAUAUCAUGCGAUAUUGUGCGCAACCAUUGAAGGAUGAGGACAACAUAGUGAAAUCUGUGCGCAAAUUCAUCGAUAACAUGAAAGACUGUCAAGGGAAAGAAAUGUUCUUGGAAAAAUUUCAAGCGUUAGUAACUGAACUAUUAACCUAAUUCGACUACCUUUACUAUUUGAAAAAAGUAAAAUGAAUUACUUUAAUUAUUAAAUUUGGGCAUCCUAUGAAUUAAAUUUUAAUUUAUUCCUGAAACAAAUUAAAAAUUUUGUUAUUAAAAUUUGUUUAUUUAAAAUAUUUAGUUUCGUAUGCAACUUACUGAAAGAAUAGAAUUUUAAGCUGUACAACUUUGAAGAAAAUAUAAAAUUAUAUAUUAUUAUAUACAUAUAUGUACAUACAUGAAAAAUUAAUUAAGCUAAUAAAGCAGCUUAUGAACAAAAAUUUAUUUAAUAUGAAACAUUUAUUUUAUUUAAGAUUACCUUAUGUAAGUAAUUUCAAAUAUAAAUAUUAGAUAAAAUAUAGUUAAAAUAGUCUAAAACAUAUUUUAUUUAAACUCAUUUAAAUUUCUAUCGUUUACAUUAAUUGGGACGGUGCAUUGUCUCGAUGGGAUGACUGUAUAUAUGGUCCCGGAAUAAAAUGAUGAGGGCAUAUUACAUCUAGUCAUAUAUUAAUGCAAUAAUGCGGGUUUACAACAACAGAACAGCAACAAACACUGCUCAGAAUCAUCGAUUCGUUGUUGUUUUUGGUCAAUCGUCAGCAUGAAGGACGAUGGACCCAGAGAAUAUUUAAAAGGUCUGCCUCUUUCGAACUCCUCUGCUUACCGCUGUGCUCAUAUGGUUUGAAAGGAAUGUAGAAAACUUCGUUUCGCCUGGGACAAAGCUCAUAUGGUUUCGGCUUUGGUGUCGGCAUUUGGUAUCGGCAUUUCAUUUUACUGUCAUUAUGACUAGUUGGGAUACCUCGUCGAUAUUCAGAUUAUAAUUUUAUUUUCAAAAUAUAAAUUGUUUACAGUUCUUGUGGUAUUUUUUUAUAAAAACCAUGCCCACCAUGCGUAUGAUUGGUACUUUGAGAGUUAUAUUUGAACCAAUAACCGCCGGAAAUUAAUUAUUUCGUAGUGGUAAAAAAUUCGAUUUUUUUACUAAAAGUUAAAAAACUUACACCACCAGUUAUUUUGGCUAAUAAAUAAUAACAUAUCAAGUUAUUAAUUUAUGUAUAUUUUCUAAG